ACUAAUAUCCCAGCAGAAGUAUGAGAAGCAUUCUUAAAGCAGCAAGGGUUUGCAUACAGCCAAGCCUAAUGUGCAAUUCCACAGAAUGCCAGAUCUUCUACUCCUGCAGGGCUUUCUUCACGUGAGGGUAGUGUAUCAAGGAUUCCACAGCUACGGAGUGGUCUGUAAGGACUAAGAAGGUUCCUUCCACUUUUCCUUCAACGGACGUAAACUUCCCCAUUCCAGUAUGGAGCUACAGGCACUGCUGGGUUUGCCUCUCCAGACCGGCCUGCCUGGCCCCGGCCUCCCGCGUUCGUCCCGCCUCCCACCCGCCUCCGUCCCGCCGCCGCCACCGCCCUCUCGCCGCCAGCCCAUGGCCGGACCCUGCGCAGCGCGGCUGCAGGGCGAGGCGGCCGCCUUCACCUCCGCCCUCCGCACCCUGGUCAACAACCCCCAGUUCAGUGACGUGACGUUCGUGGUGGGCCGGGAGCAGCGGCGGGUGUUUGCGCACCGCUGUGUGCUGGCCUGCCGCUGCCAGGCUUUCCGGGGCAUGCUCUGCCGGGCGCCAGCGGGCACCGAGGACCCCCCCAACAGCGACCCACCACAGGGCCCCUUCGUCCUGGGCAACGUGCAACCCGAGGUCUUCCUGGCUGUCAUUGAGUUCCUCUACACCAACAGCGUCACCCUCAACAGCCACAUCGCGCUGGAGGUGCUGACCUCAUCAGUGGAGUACGGCCUGCAAGACCUGUGCGAGCUCUGCGUCAAGUUCAUCAAGGACACGCUAAGUGUGGAACAGGUCUGUGAGGCCCUGCAGGCUGCGGUGACCUACAGACAAGCAGACCUCCAGCAGCACUGCCUGGCCUUCAUCGAGGACUGCACUGCGGCAGUGGUGCAGACACGGGGCUUCCACGAGCUGUCUGACGUGGUACUGGCGCGGGUGCUGCGCAGCGACCGCCUGACCGUGGACGAGCCGGACCUGGUGCAGGCUGUGCGGGAGUGGGCACACGUCAGCUCCGCCGUCCUGGAGCGCCCGGUGCCCGAGGUGGCCUCCCUGCCCGUGCAGGAGCUGCGCCUGCCCUUGCUGGCACCCAGUGAGCUGGUGACACUGGAGAGCCACAACCAGCGGGAUCUGCUUAUCCCGGUGGAGAGCAUCGCGGCAGCUUGGCGGGCCCACGCCCUGAGGAAGGGCAGCGGGGUGCCCUCCCGCCUGUGCCAGCCCCGGCGCGGGACACGGCCCCGCGACCACCACCGGCUCCUGGACCCAAACACCAAGUAGGGAGCCCGGGUAGCGCUGGUGCCCCUCAACGCAGGGCUGGCUGCGGGGCUGCUGCGGCAAGAGCAUCAACAAAGUGCCCACGCCGCAGCUUUGGGGUCGGGGCAAGAUGCCCAAGUGGUGAUGGGGAGCGGGCUGGUGCGUGGAGCUGGGUGCGAGGACACCCGGGCACCGCGGUCCCGCACGCAGCCCGGCUGCCGCGCUCCCUGCGGGACAGGGACACGGGGCGAGCUUCCCCUUCCAAUCGCGCCGCCGGGCGCCGUGCCGAGGCCCUGCGCCGGGGCCGUGCUGCCCUCCCCCGGCAGCGGGGCCGUGCUGCAGCAGCGGCCGGGACAGCGGCACAGCCGCCCCGCCGCCGCGAUGGGGAAGGGGCUGAGGAUGGGCGACCCCGGCAUCCCUGCACCGACGCCAGGGACAGCCUCCCAAGCCCUCAUAGCCCCGUGUGCACUCUUAGACCUCUCUCCACAGCGUGUUUUCCCCCCUCUCACCAUCCACUGUAUGUGCACGCACAGCUGGGUCUGUCUCAAAGCAUUCCCUCCCACCCCAGCUGUGCCCCCCAGGAGAAAGGGCUGGACACGGCAGGUAAUUUAUAUAUAAUAUAUAUAUUUACUCUUUAAAAAUAAACCUUCGGUCCCCACUACCACCUGUACAAACUACAAAAAUAAACCUUUGCUCUCUU